GUUCGAGUCGAGACAAAAGCGGAAACUUGACAUCGCGGAUGACACGCACUUUUGUUUCUUUGUUGACCUUUUCUUGUGUAGCGUUCCAGAGAUAAAGUCGGCAUACUCUUCAGUUUGUUUUAAGAUCUAGCUCUGCUUUAUGUUGGUGUUUGUUUUAAUUUGAACAUGGUACACGAAGAGUUGAGCGCUCGUCUGAACGAUGGGGGGUAUAAGAACUGGCUCAAAGCGGGGUACUGUCUCCUCAAACUGCGGGAGGGGUUGCACCCUUUCACCGAUACUGAGAUGAGAUCCUUCCACGGAAAUCUAGUCACUAGGAACCCGAGUCUGCGGCGGCCAUGUCGGAGUGGGUGCAGACCCAAAGGGAAUCAGCUGUACUCUGUGUGUGUGGUGUGUACAGAGUGGAGGAACGUGAUCCUGAGGCACCACACAAACCCCAGGGGGAUGGUGAAUUGGGGGAAUUGCAGACCCCCACUCUGGAACCAGGACCACUGGGAACUGGCCAAGGCCUACAUGCCGCGGGGUCAAGCUGGGGUUAAGGGGGCGGAGCUGUGUGAUGCGUCCGCACUGCUCAACCUCCUCAACUUCUGCUCCCACUUCAACUACGUGGACCAGCACUGUGUCAGAGAGGUUAUCAGGUGUAGGAACGAGUUGAUGCACUCCUGUGAGAUGCGAGUGUGUGACCAGUGGAUGAGGCGCUACCAGGUCAGCAUACAGCAGCUCCUACAGCAAUUCACACACCUACCAGAAGUGGCAGCAGCCGGACAACAGAUACUAGAGAUGCUGGCUGUUGAUUUGUCAGUGUUAGUUCCUGGUGUGGACCGAGUGGACGGUUCCUUGUCGGAGGGGGUGGAGCCUGAGUCUAUCAGCCAAUGGGAAGCGGACUUGCUGAGAGAGAGGCUGCAGGAGCUGCUUACUGACACAGACACACAGGACACUGAGGAGUUGCUGAGACUGAGGGAUUUCCUCCUGGCCAACAGAGACUUGAGUGACCAGUUCUCCUCUGAACUCCAGACCAUCACAUCAAUGGAGACACAGAUGAGGAGAAGGGGGAGGGAAUGAAGUGGAGACACCUGCGUAACCAGUUAACCUACUAACUCAUCAGAGGGCAGGGGAAGAGAGCAGAGGUGAGGACUAAACCAGAAGAGAUGGAUGACUCUAGUGCCCAAGUGCCAGUUUUAGCAUGGGCAGCACCAUUGAGGACUUUUACCAUUUUGAAGUAAUCAACAGGGUGGGACUUCCUAUUGGUUAAGGAAGGAUCACAUGAUUCCAUUUGGGUCAUCAGGAGGGAUCAGCCAAUGAAUUAUACUAGUGAGCAAACAUUCCAUAACUGCAGGUGGCAUUAAAUCGGCAACCUUGGCAUUGUACCUGUUCAAAACAUUCACUACAGUAGGGCUGGGCUAUAUGGCAAAAAUAUGUCACGGUAUUUAAUGGUUUGAGUAAUAAAUGUUCUGAAUUUGCUUUGAGUAGUGUGUGACCCUAGGGUGACAACACAUACAUUCUAAUUGAUUUCAAUGGGUUCUCUGUUCUGAUAGUUUAAUAUAACAGUAUAAAACAUUCACCCAAAAUAGUUUUCAUAAAUGUCCUGCACUCAUUUGAGAUCAUUUCCAUAUUGCCAUGUAGUGCUGCACGAUAUUGGCCAAAAAUGUAGGCUUAUUUUAUUUUUUACCAAAUGUUGCAAUUUUGAUUUGACUGAUGGAAUCAUGGAAACAUAAUUAUCAUAAUUCUAUAGUUAGAAUAUAAGAGUGGACACUUUGAAUACAGUGUUUGACAUGAAAAUGCCAGGGAGGAGUUAUUGUGACGGGGUAGGAACCAAAGUGUUGGUCAGUGUUUCCUACGGGACUCUAUAAUCUUUGGCUACAUUAAAUGUUUUCUUCAUGUAGCGAACAUA